AUGCGCCCGGCCAGCCCCGCCGAAUCGGAGAUCUCCGUCGGAGGAGCUCCCAGUCCGCUGCCCACGCAGCUGCAGCACCAGCACCAGCAUCAUCCGCAUGCCCUCCACCACCAGCUGCACCAUCCGCGUGCCAGCACCAUCGACUUGCUGCAGCAGCAGCAGUUCCUCAUGCAACAUCAUGCCGCCGCCGCAGCAGCGGCUGCCGCUGGACUCACACGCGGUGCCGUCGGCAGUCUGCCGGAGGACUACUUUCAGCCGCUGAAGCGUUUGCGCAUGUCCUCCUCCUCGUCGGAGCCGCGGGAGCACACGCCCAGUCCACCAGCCCUGGCUCCGGCACCCACUGCCGCCGAGUGCCAGCCACAGACCACCACCAAGUCGGCCAUCGAGGGUGUCAAGAGCUUUUCCAUUGCCGACAUUUUGGGGCACUCGCAGAAGCAGCGCUCGGAGUCGGUGUCGCCACCGCCGGCUGCCACACUGCUGGCCCCACCUGCCAACCGGCCAUCCUCUGGCCUCCUCCAGCCACGCACCGAGCCCUUGGAUGCCCACCAUGCGGCGGCGGCAGCCAUGCUCCUGCCCGGAGCACAGAUUGUACGCCCCUGGGAUCACCUGCUCGGCCCCAUGCCCGUGCGCCCCUUCAUUCCCUCGGCCCUGCUCCACUACGAGCAGCGCCUGGCCCUGGACUACCACCGCCAGCUGCAGGAGCACUUCAACGCCCAGGCCCAGCUGCUGCGCCACAUGGGCAUGGACAUCAUUCCCUCGGAGAGCGGCUCGGACCGCUCCAGCUCCGCGGCCAGCGAUUGCUGCUCUCCGGAGAUUUCCCGCGACUCGGCCGCUGCUGCUGCCGCCGCUGCUGCCCGCCACAGCCACAGUCCGCAGUCCUCUGCUCAGGUGGCAGCCGAACGUGAGCGCCACCAUUCAGCUGGAUCGGCAAGCGCCUCCAGUCCGUCACAGAACAGCAGUGGAACGGGAGGCGCAUCCAGUGGAGGCAACGCUGCUGCAGUCGCUGCUGCCAAGGCCAAGGCCAAUGGCACACCGCUGGACGCACUGUUCCAGAUGACCACCAAGGAUUUCGAUGAGUCCCAAGACAAAUCCCAUUUGGACAUCUUCUCGAACCGGCCGCAGCCCAAGAAGAAACGCAAGUCCCGCACUGCCUUCACCAAUCAUCAGAUCUUUGAGCUGGAGAAGCGUUUCCUCUACCAGAAGUAUCUCUCGCCAGCCGAUCGUGAUGAGAUUGCCGCCUCGCUGGGACUGUCCAAUGCCCAGGUCAUCACCUGGUUCCAGAAUCGACGCGCCAAGCAGAAGCGCGACAUUGAGGAGCUGAAGAAGGACUUUGACAGCGUAAAGGUCUUCUCCGCACACAAAUCCUUCCUGGAGAACGUCAACGAUCUGAGCAUUCUCAAGAAGAAGCCCAUGCACGAGGCGGAUAUGGUGGGACUGGCUGCAGCUGCUGCCGCGGCGGGCAUGGUGACGGUUCAGGUGCCGGGAUCGUCUGCCUCGGCCAUGGGCGGUGCACCACCCAAAUGAAGGCGCGGCCUGGUGCGCAUAGAACCGCAUAUGCAACCUGAUAAAUGGUACAGAAAGUGA